UUUCCUUCAUCCCCAUGCAUAUCCUUUAUUUGUUGUCUUUCAAAAGCUUUCACUAAAAACGUUUUCUUUGUUUCAAGUUCAACCCUUUUCACACUUACUCACAUCUACUUACAUCUCAAACUUUCUUGAAUUAAAAAGGUUCUAAACGUACUUGUAAGCAUGUGUAUGGCAUCAGUUUCUGUUUCCACGGCUGAAAAACAAUCUUUUUUCUCAAGAUUACGGAAGAGGUUUUCGAUCAAAAAAGCGACUCCUCAAAAGGAAGACAAGGGCUUAACAACAACAGUUACUACUACUACUACUGACCGUCUUUCGGUGAGUGGUAGUAGUGGCGAGUUAGAGAGGGUAUUUACAUACUUCGAUGAGAACGGAGAUGGAAAAGUGUCACCUGCAGAGCUAAGGAGGUGUGUGAAGGCGGUAGGAGGAAAGCUGACGGAGGAGGAGGCGGAGAUGGCGGUGAGACUAUCAGAUUCAGACGGGGACGGGUUGUUAGGGUUGGAGGAUUUUACAAAGCUAAUGGAAGAAGAGAGGAAUAAGGAGAGUGAGUUGAAAGGAGCAUUUGCUAUGUAUGAAGAAAUGGAGGGCAGUGGCUACAUCACUCCUAAGAGCUUGAAGAGGAUGUUGAGUCGACUUGGCGAGUCAACUUCUAUUGAUAAAUGCAAACGUAUGAUUAGGAGAUUUGAUCUCAAUGGAGAUGGAGUCCUCAGCUUUGAUGAGUUCAAACUUAUGAUGACAACUUAGAAGAGUUUAUAGAGAAACAAUAUUGUGUACAUAAUAUGAUUAACGUUUAUUAUUGAGAUUUUUCAUUCUAUAGAUUCAUAAUUGUAAAGCCAAAGGAGAUGUUCAGACUUGUAUUAUUCCAUUUUCAAAGAUUAUUGUUUAACUUUGUGGUUCAA